UCGAGGCGAAGUGUCGCGACUGUUAUGUUAGACUGUGGAAUAUUGCUAAAUACCUUGAUCGAAUAUCCAGAGACGGUGAUGUGUUGUUGUGUUUUGGUGUGAGCGAUAGUUUUUACAGUUAAUGUAUUUGCGGUUGUACAGUAGGUGUAGCAUUCGUGUUGUCGUCCUUAUUUGUGAGCUGAUUGAAGUGUUAUUGUAGAACCCCAACACAAACCUGUUACCAUUCCGUAUACAUUCAGAAACGAAAAUGAAUCCGAAGUUUCACCCUGCCCCGGACGAUGAUCCUUUCGAAGGUAUGAAAAUAGGUAACUGGAUGAUUUUGGACGAUAUCGAUGAGCGAAGCAGCUGUAGUAUGUGCGGGAAGUCCAGAAAAUAUUUUUGUUACACAUGUUAUAUUGCGGUUGAUGAGUUACAAUCUCGCAUUCCUAAGGUAAAGUUGCCGGUGAAGGUUGAUAUAAUAAAACAUGCACGUGAAAUUGAUGGGAAAAGUACUGCUGCACAUGCUGCAAUUCUUGCUCCAGAUGACGUAAAGAUUUACACGUAUCCAGAUAUACCACACUAUGAAGAGGAAGAGAAGGUCGUUCUUGUAUAUCCAGGAAAGGCAGCAUCUACAAUUGAAGAACUCUUCAUACAACCAAGAUCUGCGAACAGCAAUGUACUGGAUGAUACAAAAAGUACAUGGAGCAUAAAAGAAGGCAAUUUACCUGUCACAAGAGCUGUUUUUAUUGAUAGCACAUGGAAUCAAAGUCGAGGAAUUUACAAAGAUCCUCGUCUGAGAGCACUGCCAUGUGUAAUUCUUCAGUCGAGGCUGUCACAGUUUUGGCGCCAUCAGAAGGGAAGUCCACGAUGGUAUCUGGCAACAGUGGAGGCCAUACAUCAAUUCCUUGUAGAGCUAGUGACUGCCAGUAGCUCUUCAUAUGAUGGAGAAUUUGAUAGUCUUUUAUUCUUCUUUAGAUACAUGUAUAGCAAAAUACAUAGCCUUUAUCCAAACCGAGAUUUACGUGCAUACAAAAGACCAAUAAAGUAAUAAUUUUGUAUAAAAUCA